AUUUACUAAUGUUAUAGACGUUAUAGUAAUAUAAUUACUUAAACAGUUGGCUCUACCACUUAGUUCUAAUAGUUUUCAAGUCAAUUGUUCAUCAUGGAACACAAUAAUGCAAAAAGCAUAAUAUUUUAUAACGGACCAUCUGAAAAAUCCUCUUGUGGUUACUGUAAGAAAGAUAAUUCUAUGUAUAGUAAUGGAAUGUGGGCUUCUAGUCUUACAGUAGAAGCAUAUCAAGAUAUGAUUGAUCGUGGAUGGCGACGCGCUGGCAAGUAUUGUUAUAAAUCAAUCAUGGACAAGACUUGUUGUCCACUUUACACUAUCAGAUGUGAAGCUUUAAAUUUUGAGAUAUCAAAAUCACAGAAAAAAAUCAUUAAAAGAGUAUCUUCAUUUUUAAAAAAUGGAGAAUGUGAAAAAUGCCAAGUUAAUACUAAACAAGCUGAAAGAGAACCCUUUAUGAAGUAUGAAAUGCAAGAUGUACAAAAUCAUGAUGAUAAAAUGAAAAUUACUAAUACUGAUUAUUUGUUUGAUGAAGAACAACAAAGUACCUCUGUUAUUGGUUCACAUGAUAGUACUUUAGUUGUUACAAAUAAAGAAGAUAGCGAACAAGUUGUAUCUCUUAAUUCAAAUCAUAACUCUGAAACUCAGAAAGAAAUUAAAAAAGUUAAACCUGGUAAAGGGGCUGAUCCAAAUUUACCAAGUCCAAAAAAAAAAAAGUUUUUACGCAUUCAAAAAAAACUAGCCAAGGAUCCAAGUUUUGUACCCACAAUUACACCUCCUCAGCAAAAAUCUUUAGAAGAAUUUAUUGCUGAGAACGAUUUAGUAUCUACUAAGGAAGAUAAAAAGUUAAAAGUGUCCUUGGUCAAGACCGGCACAGAAGCAUUUUCUCGAACUUUCACUGCUGGAGCUACCCUAUUUGCCAAAUAUCAAAUAACUGUGCACAACGACAAACCAGAUGACUGUGAUAUGGAACAAUACUUAUCAUUUCUUGUUGAUUCACCUUUAAAGGAGCAAAAAUCAAGUCAUCCUGAUCAUCCAGGAUAUGGUUCAUUUCAUCAACAAUACUGGCUUGGUGAUAAACUAAUAGCUGUUGGAGUAUUAGAUAUUUUACCAAAGUGUGUAUCAUCUGUAUAUUUAUUUUACGAUCCAGACUAUCAUCAUAUGGUGUUGGGAACUUACAGUUCUUUAAGGGAAAUAUGUUUAGUGAGACAAUUGCACAACAUGUCACCCGAUUUGAAGUAUUACUACAUGGGCUAUUAUAUACAUACAUGCCCAAAAAUGCGCUACAAGGCAAAAAUUCGACCAUCUUAUCUAUUAUGCCCGCUUAAAUACACUUGGCAUGCAAUCGAUAAAUGUAUUCCAAAACUUGAGAAUAAAAUCUAUUCAAUAUUCGAUGAGUCUGAUGAUUCUCAAGAAGAUGAUAUUUUCCCAAUAGAUAAUAUUUUAAUACUAUAUCGUGGUUCAUUGAUGCCUUAUUCAGCAUACAAAAAAUAUGGAUCUAAGAAACAUCAAGAUGAACAUAUUAAUGAAUAUAAAACAUUAAUUGGACCUAAACUGGUACGACAAUUAAUUUACUGCAUUAUGGAUUAA